UCCACCAUUUUUUGUUUUGAGCUGCAGUUCUGAGUGUGGAAGCUCGUUGUACAUCAGUUAUUCGUUCUAUGACUGGCUUGUUCAUCUGCAUUUGUUCUUUUUCAGAUUUUUACAAAAUUAGUGACUUUGCUAUACCAAUAUCAGCUAUUGUUUAUAAUGCUAAAACUCAUCAUUUGAGUCAUUGCUUGAUAGGAAAGUUGCGUGCAUUCUCUUCCGGAAAUCUCUGAGCUCAGACGAAUUGUGUCGUCUGGUGCAAAGACCCGCUUCUGGUGAAAGUAAAUCAUGGGUGGCGGUAAUUCCCCACGUUCAUAUUCGAGAUCUCGAAGUCGUAGUCCUGUUGCAAAAUAUCGCAACGGAAGAUACAGACACGAACACAACGACCGGAAACGGUCUAGAAAUAGUAGACGCAGUUGUUCGCGAUCACGGAGUCGGAGUAGAUCAAGGUCACACGAACGAGAAAUUAGUCGUUAUAGUCGCAAUGCAAGACAUGAUGAACGGUACCCAGAAGAACGUAUUAGCAGUAGGCACUAUCGCGAACAUGAGAAACCUGGUAAUCAUCGCCAUACACAUAGCGCCGAUGACUCUGAGUCUGACUCGAGUCAGCACAAUACAAAUGACAGGAGUGAAUAUGAAGUGAAAUACAAGGAAUAUGAGAAAAGUUAUUAUUCAAGAAGCGGAAACCGCUAUGGAAAACAUCAAAAUUCUCACGAGGAUCGGGAAUUUAAAAAGAAACAAGAUGAUGAAAAAGAUGCGUUCAUGGAAAGGAGGAGACAUCAGAGAGAAACUAUUUGCCAAACUGGUGUGCCUGAAGUUUGGUGUCCAUCACCUGAGAAGCCUGAACAGGACUCUGAUGAAUUUAGUCCUGUUGAGAAAGGUAUGGAUGAUUCGGAAGACAACGAUACUGACAGUGAAGAAGAAAGGAAGCACAGGAGAAGAAAAAAGUCUAAAAAGAAUAAGAAAAAGAAAAGUAAAAAAAGUAAAAAGAAGCGGAAGAAGAAAUAUGCUACAUCAGAUUCUGAUAGUGAUACAAGUCAAGAGUCUGAGUCAGAAGGGAUGUGGGUUGAAGCCAAACGUAAUAAGCCUGGUGGUGAGAUGAUAAUUGGACCUUUACCAGAGGUGUCAUUUGAAACCACAUCUUCACGAUUAGAUCUUGGCAAAGAUCAAAAGAAUUUUUAUUCAAUUUGUUGCAUUGGAUCCUCCAUGGUCGUUUUCCACUAUGAUCAUUACCCAUUCCUUAUACAAGUUCAGUUUAUAAAACUUGGAAAUGGACUUGCAGUGAAAUUUCCGAGACCCCGACGCAAGUUUCCCCCAGCUAGAAACACUAUAAAACACGAUACUAACAUAUACCGAAAACGUUCGAAUGAUCCAGUGACGACCCGGAGCUUGUCGCGCAUACAAACGAGCGGGGCUAAAAUAUAUGUUUAUGACAUGCCGGCUGCAUUUAACGAGGAUAUUCUGGACUGUGUACAUACUAAAGUUCGCGGGGAAUGCAUACACUUACAGGAUGGUGGUUUUGGAAAAAUGCUAUGGACCGACAAUAACAUAAGCUACCACUUCACACACCAGUUCGCACUGGAACCUAUAAUUCACCACAAACUGCUAAACAGCACUCAAAGAACGCUGAAUGCGUCCGAUGCUGAUUUGUUUUAUUUGCCAUACUACGCUGGGUUAAAGUGUUUCUGCCACGAUCGUUACACGCCUGGCGUAACAGCUGGAGAUUUGAACAAUAAGUUCUGGGAAUAUUCGCUUAAUUUACCGUUCAUCAAAACCAAGCCCCAUUUCAUGGCUUUGGGCAAAAUUGAACGAGAACACUGCUCUAGUGGAUGUCCUUUACUUCGCAGUGCUCAUUCGAAACAUAUUCUGUAUCUGAUGAUUGAACAGGAGCAGCGUCGCCGAUCGAGGGUGGCGUUUAAACGAGAUGGUCACGAAGACGAAGUAAUCGUUGUCCCGUAUCCAAGUUAUGCACACUUCACCACAGAGGACGCUGUUCCGCGUUUCAACGUAUCGCGGAGUAUUUUGGUCUUGAUGUGUGCAGGUGUGCGACGUACGCAAAGCUUCCGAGUUAAGCUCCGACAAGACCUCCAGAAAGAGGAAAAUGCAACGGGUCGACACAGGGGAGUAUACUUUCACACAAGGGAGUGUAUGGAGGAAACGUCCCGUAAAGUUAUUGACUUCAUGCAACAGUCAGUCUUCUGUUUACAGCCUUGGGGAGAUAGUCCCACCCGAAAGUCAUUCUACGAUUCAGUUCUCAGUGGAUGUAUUCCUGUGCGAUUCCUAAAAGACGUUAUAUAUCCUUUCGAAGACAGAAUCAAUUAUGACGAAUUUUCCCUUUUUGUUGACAAAAACGAACUGGAAACUACAAACACAAGCAUAGUUGAUUACUUAGCAAAAGUUCCAAAAGAACGCAUCGAAAAGAUGCAGGAUAAACUACGCCAAGUUGCACAUCUUCUUCAAUAUGGUUUCUAUGGUGACAAGGGUGGCGAUGAUGCACUAAGUAUGGCUCUAUAUGAAAUAAUGCAGAGAACUACGGGAAAGAAGAGUAGUUUUCGUUAUAUCGACGAAUACUGA